GGAAAUAUGCAAAGGCUAUACCUGUAUCUAUAUCAAUACUGUCCUAGUGUCAAUUUAAAGGCGAGAAAACAAUUGGUGUUGUAUGUAAAUGAGUGAGCAGACCUUUAACAACAGAGACGGGAUUUCAAUCAAACUUCAUUUGGCACCUAAUUAGUACAAGUCCUUUCUAGUUUUUCUGGCAGAGAUUAACAGCACUGAUUUUCAGUGAGUGUGCUCCAAGACAAGGGAAAUUCCCUGACAACGAAGGAAGGGAUGUCUUAGAAUGAGGUGAGGGCAGUCAUCAUGCCGGGGGACAUCGCAUCGCCUGAUCUACGGUUCGCUCGCCCCAAGACGAGCCCCAGCGUCCAGCCCCAGAAAAAUGGGGCCAGACCCGGAACAGGUGCGAGUGAGGAUUACCACGUGGAACUCCUGGAGUACGAGUGGCCGGACCUUCCGCCCAUCCCACAAAUGAAAGAUGCCAUCACGCGAGAACGAGUCAGCAAAGGCAUUAGUUACAUUCUACCGAUCGACAAGUCACAGAUCUCCAUUAAUAACCACUAUCGCACGGACUUGAGGGCAAUGUUCCAGGAACCGUACGCAAGCGAUAAACUCAAGUUCGACGAGAACAAGUUGAAGUUAAGUGCGAAAAUCCACUUUGAUACCAAUACGGGUGACACAAAAUGGACAAACACGUUGUUGAAAUCUGUGCCACUGGAAAUUAAUUCCGAGUCGGAGAAGAUCCGGAGGUUGUACGCCAGAUCCGCUCCAGCCGGAGGAUCCAGACGAUCAGAUUUCGAUCUGGAUCAGAUGAAAACAAGGUCAAAUCUCUUUCUUCCGAUGAAAACGCGUGCACAUCCCGAAGCCAUGAAACUUCGGAAAGAAGUUGAGAAGAUCAUACAAAGUGUACAAGAGGACGGGGAGGAUUAUGACGAUGAUAGAUUCAAACAGUCUGGUGAGGAAGCGAGCACGACCAAGGUGACGCACGCGCGUCCGUCCCUGGCCCCCCACAUGACGCGGGACAGCGUGGUCAGCAGUGACAGUACGUUCGGAAGGCCUCGCCUCAAGCUGACGGCGGACAAGUUCAGUAGUUACGAACAGCUCCAAAAGACGAAACCGCCAAAACCAAUGAUUCCAGACAUUCUUAAAUCGCGCUUCCUCAGUACCGAGAAGAACCAGAGCAUAUGGGAAUGGCUCCACCACGGGGAGGAAAUGACAGAGUUCGAAUUCUUCCUAUCGGUCUGUGGAUAAUAAGAGUCGUAUGGACCUUUUGGGAGUGGCUCAUAACCUUGAAAGAAAAAAAUGGGGAAAAGUUUUGAGAGAUAUAUGCUGUAUAUGUGUGUUACCAUAUGAUAUACCGGUUUUUAUUGAUGUAUCAUGUUAUAGGGCAUCUAUAUUAUUCGUAUAUAUCAGAAGCAGGUAUCAAAUAUCAUGUAAACUAUCCCCUUAAUCCCUCCCGUCACGUGUAUCCAAGCAUAUAGAGUGUGUACGAUUGCGCCGUUUUUUGUACAUUAAGAAUGACUAGUCCAACAUUUUCUCAUAUAGUGCCAAAAUGUUCAUUUGUGGUUGUGAAAAUCAAAACAUGUAUGUGUAUAGAAAUAUUUAUGAUAUUUUAAUAAAUGAUAUCCACAUAAACUAUUAGAACUAUA